AUGAAGACAGUAGAAUGGCUGGCACAUGAAGCUGACUGGCCGGAUCAGUGGAAGCCUCUGCACAAUGUACCCAGCCCGUUAGUGUACUCAAGGGCAGUCAUAUACUCGGCUUGGCGUGCAGGCAUGAGCGAUUACCUGAAAGGGGACGUAAUUGGGUACGAUGGCCCCCCUCGACCGGACUUCCAGCUUAUCGUUGUCGUCUACGCCAAGGCCGAGACUGAUUAUCUGCCGAACAAGCUGAUACCGUUCGAGGCACUCACAGAUGUUCAGUAUCUGUCCUUCCGUCAGAGAACAUGGCAACUUUUCGAACCGUCAUCAGGAGACUGGAAAGCCCUUUUCCGUCACGCACGAAAGCUCUGCUGGUUACGCCACGAUGGGAAUGCUGGGAUAUCCUUCUUGUACAACUGCAACAACAACUUUUUGUUGCGUGAUGGAGAUCAUGAGAUGGCGAAGGCCUUGAAUAAAGUGAGGGAACUACUAGCGUUUGGAAUGGACUGGUUUCGCGAGUUUGGCGGCAGCUCAUGUGCCUCAAUGCUUGUGGACCUCGUCCGAUUGAAAGAUCGCAUGAUCGAAGACAUUACCGUUGGAACGCGUUCUGAGGAAGAUAUAUCUGACAAGGUUGGUGCAAUGAUCAGGGUUCACCAAGAAGAACUGAAGGAUGUCGGGUGUGAUGGUUUUGCGUUCAUGAACUAG